CACUAAAAUGGAGAGAAGGCGACUACCUAGUCGGCUACUCCCUCACUCCCUCCCUCCCAAAUUGCGGCGAACUGGCCAACGAGUUGAGGUGCAGCGGUGGAGUGACGACCGGAAGCAGGCUGUUGAGUGACGACCGGAAGCACAACACCCUAAUCCCCAAUUCCAAUUUUUACCCUUCUGGGAAGAGACAUCGACCCCGUAGUCCCUCCCAAAAUUCGUGCGUAGUUACCGCGGACUGGCGAACGAGCUGAGGUGCGGCGGUGGAGUGACUGCCGGAAGCAGGCUGUUGAGUGACGACCGGAAGCACAACACCCUAAUCCCCAAUUCCAAUUUUUACCCUUCUGGGAAGAGACAUCGACCCCGUAGUCCCUCCCAAAAUUCGUGCGUAGUUACCGCGGACUGGCGAACGAGCUGAGGUGCGGCGGUGGAGUGACUGCCGGAAGCAGGCGGUGGCGGAGAUGCCACCUAAAAUUUAAUUAGCGAGAAAGUCAAAGCUCCAACCUUUAUCAUCUCUAACAGGGUUCAUAAAUGGGUUGCAAAACCUUGAUCAAGUGGCCUAAGCAAAUCACAGCAGGCCUGGUUGAGCAGUUAAUUAAAGCGGAAAAAGACAUACAGAAAGCUAUUCUAAUAUUUGAUGCUGCAACAGCAGAGUAUACUAAUGGCUUCAGGCACGAUAAUGGCACCUUUGGUAUCAUAAUCUCAAGAUUGCUUUCUGCCAACCGGUUUAAGUCGGCUGAGGAUAUGCUUGCUAGAAUGAAGGACGAGAAUUGUAUGAUGACAGAGGACAUCUUCCUCUCUAUGUAUAGAGCCUAUGGACGGGUUCACAAGCCACUUGAUGUGGUCAGGAUCUUCCAAAAGAUGAAGGAUUACGAUUUUGAACCUACCCAGAAGUCUUAUAUUACAGUUUUCUCUAUUCUUGUGAAUGAAAACCGGUUGAAAACAGCUUUUAAGUUUUAUCGUUACAUGAGGGAAAAAGGUAUCCCUCCUAGCACUGCUUCGCUCAAUAUUCUCAUUAAAGCGCUUUGCAAGAAUGACAAAACAAUGGAUGCCGCUUUUAAUAUAUUUCGUGAGAUGCCCAAACAUGGAUGUAAUCCGGAUUCAUACACGUAUGGUACUAUCAUUAAUGGGCUUUGUAAAUUGGGGAGGAUUCUUGAAGCAAAAGAACUUUUCGGGGAGAUGGAAGCAAAAGGUUGUUUACCAACUGUUAUCGUCUAUACUGCUUUGAUUCAUGGCCUUUGUCUCUCUAAUGACUUGGAUGGAGCCACACGAUUGCUCGAGGAUAUGAAAAUCAAACUUGUUGAGCCCAACGUGUUUACUUACACCUGUCUUAUGGAUGGUCUUUGCAAGAGUGGACGUUCUUUACAAGCCAUGGAGCUAUUGGAGAUGAUGAUUAGUGAACGUAAGGUUCCAAAUAUUAUAACUUACAGCACCUUAAUCCACGGACUAUGUAGAGAAGGUAAACUUCGUGAAGCAUUGGAGAUUUUUGAUAAAAUUAAGCUUCAGGGGUUACAACCUGACGCGGGGUUGUACUGGAAAAUUAUCAGUUUAUUUUGUGAGAUUAACAAGUUCCAGGAAGCCGCUAAUUACCUCGAUGAGAUGGUUCUUAGUGGGGUCCUCCCCAAUCGGGUAACUUGGAGCCUUCAUGUUAAGAUUCAUAACACAGUGGUCCAAGGACUUUGUGUUGGAAAUGAUCCAAAUCGUGCUUUCCAAUUAUAUCUAAGCAUAAGAACUCGAGGAAUUUCAGUCGAGGCGGAGACAUUCAAACUUCUUGUUGGUCACUUUUGCAAGAAAGGAGACCUGCACAAAUCAGCUCGUAUUAUCGAGGAGAUGGUGAUUGAUGGAUGCAUACCCGGAACAGGAACAUGGACUGCUGUACUGGAUGCGUUUUGGGAUAGACGAAAGGCGAAGGAAGCUACUGAGUUGGCAUUCUCCGAGCUGAUGACUAAACUUAUGGAGUGUAAAACCCCGAGCCUAGUUGAACAUUGAGCACUGCAGCAGCCAGCGGUGGAAUCAGCUGCCUCCAUUGUAGAUCCGCCCAUGUUUGAAGGGUGGAAUGCAGGAAAAUAGUGAAAGUACCAUUCCGUCACUCCGUCCUCAAAGUAAACGGUCAUUUCACAGACAAACUGACGGAGGACCAAAUCGGUUGAGAAAUCAAUAGUUGAAGAUUAUUAUUAUUGUUAUUAUUUUUUGAAAACAAUAGUUGAAGAUUUAAUUGGCUAAAAUUAAUAGUUGAUGACCAAUUAGGUAAUUACGACAUGGUUAAAGGACCAAAGUGAUCAUUAAUUUGUUAU